CGCUUCCGCCGGGCCAUGGGGCCGCGCGUGCUGCUGCCGCCGCCGCCGCCCCUGCUGCUGCUGCUGCUGCUGCGGGCGCUGCUGCUAUCGGGGCUGCUGUGCGGGGCCGAGGGGGCCGCGCCCCCGUCGCCGCGCCCGGUGCAGGCCACGCUGUCGCCACCGCCCGCCGUGACGAACGGGAGCCAGCCGGGCCCGCCGCACAACAGCACGCACUCGCGACCGCCGGACUCGCCGGGCUCGCCGCUGCUGCGCUCCUUCUACGUGCUCACGGGCCUCAGCGGCCUGGCCGCGCUCUACUUCCUCAUCCGGGCGUUCAGGUUGAAGAAGCCACAGCGGAAGAGGUACGGCCUUCUGGCCAACACCGAGGACCCCACGGAGAUGGCUUCGCUGGACAGCGACGAGGAGAUCGUCUUUGAGACGAGGCAUCCGAGAUGAUGCUCAGGUCAGGGAGGCAGCGUUGCCAGAAGCUCCGGGGAGAGGACAGGAGACGGAACCGGCUCCCUAGCGUCUGGCGUGCCCCACUGACCGCCUGCCGGCUGUGACGCAGACUCCACGAGCUCUCGUGGGUCCUGCCUAGCUCGCCUACUCUGCCCGAGGCCGCCUUGGCCCUUCGCCCAGACAGGACUGUCGAGGAUGCUGGGUGGGAACCGGAGAGGCCCUGGAGGCCUUACACAGGACCUUGAGACUGGUGGGGUCGUGACUUGUGCCGUUCGCCCUCCUCUGUGGGGUGAGGCAGCCCCCAGCUGCAGCCUGCUGGGGGUGGGGGUGGGGCCGGGCGGCCUGAGCGGCCUGUCUGGAAGCAUCUUCCCACCGGGCUGGAGACAAUAAAGGCAGCGGUGGUUCUGUGGC